ACAAUAGAGGACCAAAACAAAAUUCAGUACCCUCUUAAAAAUUAAUUAGGUUUUAUUAUAAAAAAAUAUUUAAUAUUAGAUCUUCUGUAGUUAAAACGAACAGUGACUACGAUGGCAUUAGUAUAGUUCGAACACUGACUAGUGUGUUAUCCUCCGCACGACAUGGCCGUCUUCAUGAUAAACAUCUGUAAAUUUAAUGGCUGCGGUAUCACAUUUCCAAGAUUAGCUGAUUUAAUUGAACACAUCGAAGACGUGCAUAUAGAUUAUGAUCCCGCAGUAGUUGAACAAAAAGAAGCAUCUCAGCCAGCAUGUAUUCCUUUAAGUUAUGUGUUAAGAUUUUUCACGGAGGCGUCGAGGCGGGAAUUUCAAAGCUUGCCACCCGCUGCCGAUGUCCGACGCAGGUUACUCUCGGCUCCUAAGACGCCUUCAGUUCGCAGCAGCACACCUACAGGCAGUGAAGUAGAUGAUGAAGAGAUGAUGAGUCACUCCGAAGACAGCAAUGAUUCGUGGACGACUGUCGAGGAGUAUAGCUCGGAAUUCAUCCUGCGAUAUGGAGUCAAGAUGAACAAUACCGCAAUCGGCGCGCUGGGAGCGACCGCGCAAGAGAAGCCGUUCGGAUGUCCAGUGCCGGGCUGCAAGAAACGUUACAAAAACGUCAACGGCAUCAAGUAUCACUCAAAGAAUGGACAUAAGAAGGAUGGCAAGGUAAAAAAGGCUUACAAGUGCCAAUGCGGCAAAAACUACAAAACGGCUCAAGGUCUUAAAACUCAUUCAAUAAUACAGCACAUUGUCACAAGCCAAGCGUCGACUUCCUCCUCACCUCCGGCCCUCGCCCUCGCCCCCGCCCCCGCGCCACACGCACUCCCCGCACCCCCGGUCCCCGACACGGGACGUCUCAAUGCCACCAAAAUGCCAGGCCUGGUCGUCACAGCUUCUCCGGCGCAUAGCCGCACUCUCAACAUCAUAGACGGCAUAGAUACAAACAAACUUGUUCGUAUUUACGACAGCAUCAAAACAAAAGAUCUCCCUUCCUUCACCAUACCUAAGCAUAACUUGACCAACAUUAAUUUGAUCACGAGCCAGGGUCAAGGCAUCCGUCACUCCGUGCUGCUCGCACCCACCGCUGCACUCGACAAGGCCAAAUACGACAGAACUCCCAAAGUAACCGUCAACGCCCAACCGCCAGCCGCUGUGGCGACCGCUUACGACAUCUAAAGGAAUACGUGCUUUUAAAAAGCAUAUAUUUAACGAAUUUAAGUCAUUAACGCUAAAUCUAGUUUGAACGCAGUUCCUAUUAAGAAAAAUUGAUAAAAAGCGAUCAUUGAUUAGCAAGUUCUAUGAGUUAUUCUUUGAGAAAUGUCAAGGAUCGUUUCAUCUGUCAAUAUUUGACAACCGCUAGACUUGAAUGUCAGUUUGACAGGCGAAAUGUUAUGCACAAAUUGUAUUUAUUUUCACUUAAAGACAUUAAUUAGUUAUUUAUUUCACGUCGAGGAGUUAUUUUACGUUUGUUACUUAGGUAUUAAUUAUUUAGUUUGUUUGCUGUGAUUCCAGUAAUUUAAUUGUUUUUUUUUUAUAUAGUUUUGUUACCAAAGUGUUUGUAAUUUGAAAGGUGGAGAAUAGCUCCAUGGUAUUGGCCGUUUCAAUAUUUUUCUC